CGCUCAUCAUAAUUAAUUGUGAUAGGAAUUGGUUCAAUUGCUUGAUUCGUGGUACUUAUUUCUUCAUUGCCUAGUAAUUGAAAUAAUUGCUUAAAUAUUCUUUAAAUUUGUAAAAUUCUUAAAAAUUCAUAUAGAUACCUUCAACAUCCACUUGUCCCGUGGAUUGUGAAGAUCCAGCCAAUUUCAAUGUCGCUGGUAUCAAUAUAACUUGGCUUUAAAUGCUUCUUGGCUUUAGUGUUAGCACGAUUAAAACUAUCUGCAAAAAAAUAAUUACAUAAUUAUUUAAUCAUUGUUUAGGUCUAAAGCAUCUAUAAAAAAGUCUUACCAGAACUUGUCUUGAUAACGAUCUCCCAGCUCUUCCAUAAAGGGUCCGGUCGUGAAUGAGGAUCUUCUUGAAUUUUUUUAAAACCCUUCGGCCUGUUCUAUGGAAAUGUACACUUUUUGUUGUCUUCUGAAAGCCAAGUUUUUGGAACAACCUCAAUAGUCUGGUCAGCAAUAAACUCGACGACACAAAAUUGCUUUAAAAUUUUGUCAGACAUGACGAAAUAAAUGCGAAUGAUACUUUGAUUUUAUGUGAUUCACAAACAAAAAAUGAAAGAUAAAAGUGGCGGUGGCGUCUCACAUACAGGCAAUGCUGAGAUAGUGUUGAUGUGGUGAAGAUAAUGAGCACCGAUCCGGCAUUGAUUUUUCCGUACCCACAAGGUGCUUGUACAGGAAUUAUUUAUCAACGCCAAUAUUGUGCUACUAAAUCUUCAAGUUUUGAGCAACGAAAUUUCAGCGUUGAUUAGGUACUCAAAGCUAGCUACCAAAAUGGUACUGAGUGUAAGCGCUGUUUAUGCCUAAUGAAAUAUCAAUACCUGACCAAUAUUUUAUCGCCACUUGCAUCUUAACGGUGAAUAUUCGGUAUGCAUAUGCUACUAAAUCAACAUUUAAAUUUUGGUGACGAUUCUUAAUUAGCAAAUCGUUGCGUGCAUCAUUACCAAAUCUUCACCUCUGUCAGCUCGGGUAUAUAUAAUCAUCACGUUUCGUCUCAUAUGUACAUAAUCAUUCAGUAACAUUGGGAGCCAACAGUGUGCAGUGGUAGUUCGCAUCAAAUAAUUUUUGUACAAUUUAUCACUUAUUAUCGAUCACAGCAAUCAUGGGGGUCACAGAUAUCUUGUGGGUUAUCCUCUUUCUCGUGAUCUUUCUUGUCUCAUACCUCGUCUACUCUCAGCGAAAAGAAGUUUCGUAUUUCCGUUCAAAAAAAAUCCUGCACUUGGGAAACGCUUUUGUAAAUUCAUUUUACUACAUGAUUUACAAGAAAAUUGGACUGGUGGAGAUGCUUCAAGAAAGCUACGACCAAAUGAGAGAAGCGCAAGCGCCCGUUGCAGGAAAUUUUGAUAUGGGCUGCAUCAAUUACUUUGUGACAGAUUCAGAUAUGUUAAAGCAUAUCUUGGUUAAAGAUUUCGACCACUUUGUGAACAGAAGAUCGAUUAAAGUGCCAAGUACUGAUAUCCUGGUGACCAAGAUGCUCAUUUUCCAGAAUGAUGAGAAGUGGAAGGGAUUGAGAUCAAAAUUGAGCCCGACUUUCACCACGGGAAAGAUUAAGCGUCUCUUCUCCCUUUUUAACGACAGCUCCAAGAAAUUAGUCCAAUACGUCAACGAAAGGAUGGCGGAAUCAACCGAUGGCGAAAUCGACUUGGGCGACGGAUACUCAAAAUUUACAAUGGACACGAUCGCCUCCGCCGUUUGUGGCAUGAACUCGCAAGCAUUUGAUCAAAUUGAACCCUCAAUUUUUGAGAUGAUGGGGAAAAAGCUGCAACUUACAUUUACUGCGAAGACUUUUUUCAAGUUUUUUGUCAUGAUCCUGCUUCCCAAGUUUUCUCAACGGAUCGGGAUGACAAUGUUUGACAAAGAUAUGCACCAAUUUUUCGCAGGUGCGAUUAAAUCUUCGAUUAAAGAGAGAAACCAAACUGGGCAGAAAGGGAACGACUUUAUUCAGUUGAUGUUGGAGGUGAGGGAAGAUAAGCUAAAAACGGAUGAAAGUGAGCUGGACAGUUUUGAGAAGGACGCGAUCAUAAAGAGCGAGGUCAAAGGUCAAGUAUCGACUGCCGACCUUUUGGAUGAUGAUGGCAUCGUUUCGAAUUGCGUGCUUUUUAUCCUCGCCGGAUUUGACACGACACAAUCACUUUUGCUGUUUUGCGCAUAUGCUCUCGCAAUUCAUCCGGAAAUUCAAGAUAAGCUGAGGAAGGAAGUUGAAGCCGUUUUGGAUGAAAAUGAUGGCGAUUUUACUUAUGACUCGAUACAUAAAAUGGCGUACCUCGAUAUGGUCAUUCAUGAAACCUUGAGAUUUUAUCCACCCGCACCGGCCACUGAUCGUGGUUGUACUGAAGACUACUUGAUUCCUGGGACUGAUAUCGUGGUGAAGAAAGGAGACGGAAUUAUUGUCCCAAUAAUGUCUAUUCAUCAUGACGAACGGUACUAUCCAGAACCUGAAAAAUUCGACCCGGAGCGAUUUUCGCCGGAAAAUAAAGGAAAAUUUAACACCUACGCUUUCCUCCCGUUCGGUCAAGGGCCAAGAAAUUGCAUUGGAAUGCGAUUUGCAUUGACCGAAGUAAAACUUGCAAUUGCCCAACUCGUUCACAAUUUUGAUAUCGAACCCUCCAAAAGAACGCCAAUUCCGAUGAAAUUUGAAAAUGCAUCAUCUCUCAAACCAAAGGGUGGGAUGUGGCUGGCUUUGAAAAGAAGAACGGCGAUUAAUGAAUCCUAAUUAGUGAAAUUAUCCUAUACAUAUAAACACCAAAUACCAUACCAGUCUAAAAUAUGACAAAAAUACAUAUUCUUACAUUAUUUCGUAUUAAUUUUUCUGAAACAAUUUAGGAAUAUUUGCAUACAUACAGUUUACAUACAAAUUCCAAACUACGAUAGUUAGAUUUUUUUACAGUAUUAUCUGAUAUAACGCAUUAUAAUUCUCAGGUACGAGUGUGAUGACAUAAUUUAUCGCGUUAUCCUUACGAACAAAACACAAAUAAAUUUAGGCGUUAAUAAUUUCAGCAUUAAACGCCGGUUUAAAAAAAAUAUAUUAUAUCUGAAAGUAAUAAUAUUGUUAGAUGACACACCUCGCACGUCUUUCAAGUCUAAUUCGAAAGCAAGUAAUAAAUUAAUAAGCCUACCAAAUUAUUUGAAUCACUUAAUUACUCCAGAAUAGGACUCAGCCCACGCGAUUGGCUGCUCCAUUAUUCACGCGUCCCUUCGGGUAUUCUUAAAAAUUCGUUUACGUAGACGGAAUUUCUUGACACUUUAAAAAUAAGCUUAAAAUCAAAUUACACUCCGCACUAAACCAGUAUUGACCCUAGCUUGAUUUUAUCAGCUUAAAUUGCUAGCUUUCGAUAAUAUUUACUUUUAUCAGGCUUACAUGUAAUUGUUUCGGAUAAAUAGUACAAGAAAUCAUCAUUUGACUAUGAUGAGUGUAAAAAUUCGUGUAAAAUAAGUGUGAUAACUAAAAAAAUUCCGUAAAAAUUCGAAUUCAUAUUAAUAAAUUAAAUCAAAAGAUUAGUAUAAUUAAAGAUGUAUGCAAAUGCCGACAUGUCAAACUGA